AUGGCACUAGCAGGCGGGGUUGCUGAUAGUCUUUUCAGCUGGGCUGCCUGGCCUAAUGGACCCAACAACAUGAACACCUAUAUAGAUGCGUCGUAUAUCCAGUACUUGGAUAAGAAGCUAUACAUAAUGCCGAUCACUCCUUGGUUCUUCACCAACAUGCCCGGGUAUGAUAAGAACUGGCUGUGGUGUAGUAACGAUCUCUGGUAUAUUCAGUGGGAACAGGCACUCUACCUCGCCCCAGAGUUUAUCGAGAUUAUCUCCUGGAACGACUUCGGGGGCUGGUCGAGCACGGAAGGGCCCUACUACAACAACAAAGACAAUACCGCAUGCAACAUCUAUAACAACCCUGAGGCUGCCUGCUGGUGGCAUUGUGGCUUUCCAAUUCCAGCCCAGAAGAUCACCAUCAACGACCCGCAAGAGCUGAUGAGACAAGCCCUGCUCAAUAUCCCAAACCUCCAGACCUCUAUCCUUAUCACCAAGCUUAAGAUCCUGUCAGGCUCUUUUAACAGCCUGGUCGACCGCAUAUACUCCGUGGUCGCCAUCGGUGAAAAGAUUGAGGCCGAGAAGAAGAAAGAGCUGAUCCCGCAGAUCCUCGGAGGUGUGUUUCUGAUUACGCGGCUCGCGCUCGCGGGUACCGUCGCGAACAAGGCGACCGAUAUCUACACCAUAGUACAGGACCCAGAAAGCGCCCCAGUUGCGAUCCUGAGCAUGCUCCUCGACUUCAACGUUGGUGCAGCCGCCGGUGCGGCCACCAAGAAUGGAGUCAGCGCGAUCGAGUUCAACUCUAUGGCCUUAAGGCGGCGCGGCAUGAAGGACUCGGAUAUUAAGUCGGUCGGGGCUUUGUUCAAGCAAAAGAUGGAUCAAUUGGAGUCCAUUGUCAGCAAGUGCGCGAGGAUUUAA